UGCACGCCUGCCAGGCUUUUCAGCUACCCGCGGACCAGCAGCGCCAGCAUUCUGGCACUCCGCACCGCCGGCGUCAGACCGACUCUCCACUCGCCGCCCCACAUCACCGACGCCAGCAGCCACGAUCCCUGCUCCACUUCUCUGCAACAGGUGAGGCUCCAGGAUGCAGCAGCCCUACAACCAGCAGCCCCAGGGCUACUACCCGCCGCCGCCCCCGGGCAUGGCGCCCCCGCAGCCCUACGGCUACCCCCAGCAGGGCUACCCGCCGCCCCAGGGCUACCCUCCGCAGGGCUACCCGCCGCAGGGCUACCCCCAGCAGCCGCCGCCGCCCGUCGUGGUGGUGCAGGAGACGCGCCACCAGGACGACAACUGCUGCGCACUGCUCACGUGCGGGCUGCUGAGCGGGGCCUGCCUGUGCUGCUGCUGCGACUAGGACUCUGUGAUAAAACCUUUUCUACGUUCGUUUUGUGUUUUGAGUGAGGCGCCCUCGCCUCCGAGUGUGGAGCGCGUCGGCCAGUGUGUGAAUGCGAGUGUGUGUGUUUGUGUGUAGGAGUGACUAUGGCAAUCGAGUUAACCAUAGUGACCAGUAUUGGAUCGCUUUAUGUGCGAUUUUUAAAAGUAUACGUACAAGUAAAAUCUCUGAAGUACCUUCAUGUACUGCAUGAAUAUUGCACGCGAUUAGCGUCCCUUUUUACAAUUAUUUUGCCGUUGUAUACACAACUGUGUCUAUAAUUUUGUGUGGACAUGUUAUGUCGUGCCACAGACUUUGAAAAAAAUCUGUAAGGACGAAUCGUGCUGAUCUACACUUGAUUUGGAGGCGUGCCGUUCAUGGAGGCGUGGGACUGCUCAUGAGGCGACCGCCUUACGUAAGUGUCGCGGCGAGAGCGAACAGAGGCUUCCAGUGUGCCUGCCUCGCCUGCAAUGACAGUGGUGUGGAGCAAAGUGGCAACGGUGGUGUCACGCUCAGCAGUGAUCAUCUAGUCAAACCUGCAAAUGUGUAAUUCUUGUACGCUUGGAGUCUUGUGUAACUGUCACUCACUUGUUCUUCGUUUGCACUUUGUUGAGACUGAAAAAGGACUCCGGGGCCCUGGGCCCCGUUGAUUCCAUUUCUUUGCAUUCCUGCCUUCGUUGCAUGCUGGAGUUGUCUGUUUCCAUUUUAAAUCCCCUUUUGAACCCCUUUUUGGUUCUAUUUUGCACAAAUUUUACCGAUGAAAAAGACAGGAUUAUCAUUCUAAACUGAUGGCACAAAUUCCUGAUAGGAAAAAAACAAACAUUGAACUGUGUUCAAAAAGUAUUUGUUAUGUUUUUUUAAUAUUGUACUGUUUUUGAGUAUUGUAGUUGUCCUUGGAAGACAGUUUUUAAAUUCUUGUGAGAAAUAAAUUAUUGUAAACCUUUCUACUCACA